AUGCCCGAAUUUGAUCCAUCCUCUCUCCCCGACCUCAGCGGGAAAGUCUACCUCGUGACAGGAGGCAACGCAGGAAUAGGCUAUGAAACCGUCCGCUUCCUCGCCAUCAAAAACGCAACGGUAUACAUGGGCUGUCGUUCCCCAGCAAAAGGCAACACCGCAAUUGCCUCCAUCAAAGCCCAAGUCCCCACCGCCACCAUCCACCCCUUAAUCCUCGACCACAUGAACCUCCCCUCCGUCGUCUCAUCAGCAAAAGAGCUCACCACCAAAGAAAAGAAACUUCACGGCCUCAUCAACAAUGCUGGCAUAAUGGCCGUUCCAUUCGCCAAAUCCCAAGACGGCUAUGAGUCCCAAUGGCAGACAAACUAUCUCGCCCACGCGCUCCUAACCCACCACCUCCUCCCCUUGCUCCUCUCCACGGCAAGAGCAUCCCAACCAGGCGACGUAAGAAUCGUCAAUGUCUCCAGCAUGGGCCACAACCUCGCUCCCAAGAAAGGGAUCGAUUUCGCAGACAUCAACCAAGAGAAAGGCUCCAUCUGGACACGGUACGGGCAAUCAAAGCUGGGGAACGUCUUGAACGCCAAAGAACUCAAUCGCCUGUACGGUCCGAAAGGAAUCAAGAAAAUGGAAGGAGAGAUUUGGAGCAUGGCGUUGCACCCAGGGAAUAUGUACACGGAUCUUAAUAAGAAUGCGAGAUUUGCGGGACCGCUGAGUGGUGUGGUCGUGAAGAUGUUAAAUGCGUUUGGGGUGUACAUCCCGGUUGAGAAGGGGGCGUACACUAGUAUAUAUUGUGCGGCGAGUGAGGAUAUGAUGCCGGAGAUGUCGGGCAAGUAUUUUGUCCCGCUCGGGAGGCUGGGGAAGGCGAGUAAGUUUGCGAGGGAUGUGGAGCUGGCGGAGAAGUUGUGGGUUUGGACUGAGAAGGAAUUUGAGCGGAAGGGGCUGUUUUGA